AUGCUGCCUGGGUCUGCUUUCUCAAAGACUCUUCGUGAAGUCGCACCGGGCUUGUCGAAGAGGUUCUUCGAAUGCAGUGGUCGUAAUCAUGCUGCCCAGCUUAGCAAGCUUCAACCCAAAUCCGCGCGUACCUCGACAGUACAACCAUCGUCGGCGAGGAUCAGCCAGACCCGGAACUUGAGCACGCGCUGUGGUGCAUCAAUACGAAACUGCAGUCUCCCACGGGCCAAUUCCCCUUCCUGCAACCUCAAGAACGCCUCUUUUGCACCUGCGAUUGUUCGAGGAUUCUCUGAAUCUGCGCACGCGAGAUCCACGAGCAUUGCCGAUAACGCCACAGACCCAACUGAAAGAAGAAAGGAUGAGGAAAAGACCGGAAAUGAGAGCAAGAGCAGGAAUUUCUUCCCAGAUACUUCCUCAAACACUGUGGCCUAUUGGCUUCUCGGCAGCGCUGCCAGUGUGUUUGGGAUCGUGGUGUUUGGAGGAUUGACAAGACUCACAGAGUCCGGUCUAAGUAUCACAGAAUGGAAACCCGUCACUGGCUCCCUUCCUCCCAUGUCUGAGGCAGAUUGGGAGUCGGAAUUUGCCAAAUAUCGUUCGAGUCCCGAGUUUCACAUGCUGAAUUCACGAAUGACGCUUGAAGAAUUCAAAUCAAUUUACUGGAUGGAAUGGAUCCAUCGGCUCUGGGGUCGAUUCAUCGGGCUCUCCUUCGUUUUGCCGGCGGCGUAUUUCGUCGCGCGGAAGAAAGUCUCCCGUUCCAUGGCAACGAGAUUACUCGGCAUAGCAGGUUUAAUUGGGUUCCAGGGCUUCCUCGGCUGGUGGAUGGUGAAGUCGGGAUUGAAAGAUGACCUAUUCGCACCCGGCUCGCAUCCGCGUGUCUCGCAGUACAGAUUGACCGCACAUUUGGGUGCGGCUUUUGUCUGCUACCUGGCAAUGCUUUGGAAUGGUCUUGACAUCCUCCGAACGAACAAAAUCUUACGCAUGUCCUCCGAUGGUGCGAGUGCGACGCUCAAAAGCUUGGGAAACCCGGCGUUGAAGCCCUUCAAGCGCUAUGUGUCCCUCCUCGCAGGUUUGAUCUUCAUUACAGCAAUGUCCGGAGGCCUGGUCGCAGGUCUUGACGCAGGCUUGAUCUACAACGAAUUUCCCUACAUGGGGCUGGGCCUAACGCCCCCGAAGAGCGAGCUGUGGGACAAGUUCUACUGUCGGGCACCCGACCACAGUGAUCUUUGGUGGCGCAACCUGCUCGAAAACCCUAGCUUGGUUCAGCUUGACCACCGGAUUCUCGCGACGACCACCUUCACUGCAGUCAUGGCGCUAUGGGCGUUCUCUCGUUCAGGAGCAGUGCAGAAAAUCUUACCGAGAGCAGCACAGAAAGGUGUUCAUGGUGUUGUUGGCUUUGCGUGCUUGCAGGUCAUCCUGGGCAUUUCCACGCUAUUAUACCUAGUACCCACUGGGCUAGCAAGCGCACAUCAGGCAGGGAGUCUGGCAUUGUUGACCUGGACGAUUGUGUUGGGAAGUCGAGUCUGGUUCCCCACCCAAGCUGCGCGCAUUUUGGCUCAGCGAACCCAGGUAAAUCUUGCUGGUAGCGGUGCUGAAGUGGCGCACAGGGCGGCUAUGAUGUCGUCGGCAGCGAAGGCAAAGCCUGUGAUGCCUGGUAGCCCUGCUGCUCUGGCUGCAAUUGGUUGCAUGCCCAUUGUCACAGCCAUAGGUCUUGGACUUUCUUCGAAGUCGGAGGCUGAUGUUGCGAGGCAGCUUUCCGCUCAUAUGACUGCGCAUCGGGCAGUCUCAGGGGUCGAACAAAUGCGGUCUUCGUCGGUGCCGAAGGCCUCAUAG